UCGUGAAAAUUAUAAAAUCAUAACCUCUGAUUGUUUGUUGUAUAUUUUAUUCAUUGGUACUGAAAAUAUAACAAAGAUUUUAAUAUUACUAGCUACAUUUUUCGCGGUUUGUCACUCAAUAGAAUUGUUGCAGUUUAUAUCUCGAAUGUCAGCUCCUUAUUUCUAUUUGGUUGUCCAUCUGAAAGAGGUGGUUGAGAGCAGAGCUAGUGGAAGAAGAAGCAUUGAGAAGUGUGUAGAAGCUGUGUUUGGAGAAGUGGGUGCUGCUAGUGUACUGGUGGACGUGCUCAGCUGUGAGCCGAACGGCCAAGGGUCUCGGUUGUUGCUGCGAGUGCUGGCUCGGGAGCUGAGGAGGCUGCGGGCAGCACUGGCUCUACAUCCUACUGCUCCGGUGGUGGUUAAAGAAGCACCUUCCUUACAAGCACUUGUUUAACCUUGUUCUUAAUUUUCUGAGACAUUGAUACAAUGUUGAAAAUAAAGUGGAGCCGUCACGGUAUCGGGCAGAAGCAGACAGAGAGAGACACAGCGGCGGCAUAAUGUCGGGGCGGUCGAUGCUGUCGUCGGGCCCGGCGGGCAAGGACCUGGUGAUAGUGGCGGAGCGCGCGGAGCUGGCGACGCCCAGCAGCGCGCGGCUGCCGGAGCCCGAGCCCGCGCCCGGCCUCAUCCUGCCCGACGGCCACAUCAACUGGGGCUGCCCCUGCCUCGGCGGCAUGGCCACCGGGCCCUGCGGGCCGCAGUUCCGCGAGGCUUUCUCUUGCUUCCACUACAGCGAAGCGGAUCCGAAGGGCAGCGACUGCUACGAGAAGUUUAGCGUGAUGCAGGAGUGCAUGGCUGAGUACCCCGAGCUGUACGGUCGCGACGACGACGACGACCUGGCCGAGGCAAUGGAGGCCGCGGGCGAGGUCGCGGACAACGCGGACCAUAAGCAGGCCGCGGGCGACGUCGCGGACAACGCGGACCGCAAGCAGGCCGCAGCGCCGGCGCCCUGAACUGAAUCGCGACACGAAGGCGAUGUUCUGAAUACGGCCUUGACCUUAUGUGUUAUUAAUAUAAUUUAUAUGCUGACUUUCAUAAAAUUCAAAUUUAUUUUAUUUGCAUGACAAUGUAGCAUACGAGUAUGAUGGUGGAUACAAAAUGUUUAGACAAAGUGAUGAUAUAACCAUUUUUAAGCAAUAUUUUAUUGAAGUAAAGUUUAAGACCUGCGCUUGGUUUAGCAACAAUUAAUUUAUACCACGGAAUCUAUACAAGUAUACAUACAUAUACCUAUUCGUAAAAUUUGAUGGCCGUCGUGCGUGAUAGGAACAUUGCCUUCAAUUCUCGAACAGUGAUGAACUGACAUUAUUUAAUAGUAUAGUAAUUAACGUAUGCAGAUUAGUGGUUAGUGUUUAAUAUAGUACUGCGGAAGACCUAGAACUUUAAUAAAGAUUUGUUUUCGUUUCA